GUUUGGAUACGACCGCAAAAACGAAGGAAGAAUACAUGUUUCGGAGGGCUCAGGACCGCUUUUCGAAUCCCACGAAAUAAUCAUUACUUUAACGCGUGCGCCUUACCAUUCCUGAAACAACUUCCAUGAAAAUCUUUUCGCCUCGCUUCCAUUCCCAAACAUUCAAAGAACUUUCCAAGAUGCAAUCGACGUAGCAUUAAAAGAGAUCAACUUGAAAGUUUUUUGGGGAAAAAAGCGAUUUCAAUUCGGUCCUUAUCUUUUCGAAAAAUCCAAAAACAACUCAACAGAUGCCUGAAAGCUUGAUUACAAACACUUACAGCGCAAUGGCUGAAGCUGAACCUGAUUUAAGCACGUUCGAAAAUAAAUCAGGAUUAGCCGAAGACAUGAAGUUUUUGGCUUCCAUGCCGGAACUUUGUGAUGUUACCUUUCUCGUUGGAGAUACUCGAGAACCAGUUUGUGCCGUUAAAGCUGUUUUAGCCGCAAGAUCGAGAGUGUUCCAUAAAAUGCUAUAUCAAGUAAAACAAAAAGAGGCCCCUAGUCCACAAAGAAAAAAGGAAGCCCCGCCUAGAGAGAAUAAAUUAAGACUUUUUUUGAAAAGAUCCUCCGAGCCCUUAUUAAAUUUACAAUCGGCAUCGCAACAGAGGGGCUUUACCCAACAACUGGCUCCGAUCCAAGAGCCAACUUCACAGCAACAUCAAACGCUGAUCAUCGAAGAAUUCGAACCGGAUGUCUUCAGGCAACUAAUCGAGUACAUUCACACAGGCUGCGUUACUUUACAACCAAGAACUCUUUUAGGUGUUAUGAAUGCUGCCGAUUAUUACGGAUUAGAUGAAUUAAGAAGAGCUUGUGCUGGUUUCGUGCAAUGUUGUAUUAACGUCGAUACGGUUUGUGCGUUAUUAGCGUCAGCCGAGCGAUAUAUUCAGUAUAAAUGUACGAAAUCUUUGGUGCAAAAAGUUUUGGAGUUCGUUGACGAGCACGGAAACGAAGUUUUAAAUCUUGGGUCGUUCACUUUACUGCCACAACAUGUUGUACGAUUAAUUUUAGCGAGGGAUGAGCUCCAAGCGGAUGAAUUCACAAAGUUUCAAGCUGCGUUAAUGUGGGGGAAGAAGUUUUGUGAUAACAACCCCAAUACUCCGUUAAAAGAAGUGAUUGGAAAUUUUUUGGAAUACAUUCAGUUUCAUAAGAUUCCAGCAAACGUUUUAAUGCGGGAGGUUCAUCCGUUGGGUUUGGUUCCUUAUCAUAUAAUAAUGACGGCGUUGGCGUAUCAGAUAAAAAUGGCUGAAUAUAAAUCAGAAGAAGAUCUUAGUAUCGAUUUAGACAAAUUGGUUAUUAAGGAAGAGUAAUUUCCUUUUAAUCCAUCACCAAAUAGAAGCGGUCGUGGAAAAAGUAUCGAAACAAUCAACUAACCAAAAAAAUAAAUAAAUUAAUAAGCAAUAUUUCUCAUGCAGAUCGAAAAAUUUAUUAAUCGGUGUUGUGUCAUUGAAACAAAUUAAAAGAAAAACGUUAGUGUCGUUAUUUUCUGCAUGACUACUAUUGAACGGAGCACAAUAAUAAUAAUAAUUAAAUAAACUAAUGAAAAGAAGAUAAAGUAAAUUUUAAAAUUGUCUAAUAUCGUUGUUAAAACAUUUUAAAAAGCCAAAAAAAGUUUAUACGUCCCAAACAAAUCUAACCUCAACUGUCAAUUGGUCAAAAUAACAUAUUCCUUCAUCCCACUUUAUAUUGUGGCGCGAUGCUGGGUUCAAUGUGAAUUAAUUAUUAUUCUAAUUAAUAGAGUGAUUUUUAGUGAUUAAGUUUAAGUACGUGUUCAUUUUUUAUACGAAAAAACAUUUAUUCGUAUAUGUUGUAUGAUAUGUUCCAUCCAUAUAAAUUGCAAAAAAUAUAUAACGCAGCUUAUUCCCAAUGUGAAAAUUAAAAAAAAAGAAACUACGAGCUUACUAAAUAAUAUAUGUGGCUGAAUGUAUAGCUUUUAAAUGUCUAAAUAGCAUUCUUUUGAUCAAACUAUUUUUUUAUCGACUCAUUCAUUUCGAGAUAAUGAAAAAGAAGUUGUAAUCACCUCGAAUUUUAUGUUUCAGUUGACCUAAAAGCGACGGAUAAAAAUAUAUUAUAUUGACCAAAUCACUGUUAAUCCAAAAAAUAUGUAAACAAAUAUUUUUAGGGUUGACUUUUUGAUCGUUCGACUUACUGAAAGCGAAAUAAGAGUAAAAUGUUCCACCAUUGGGGCGAAUGUUAAACAAUAAAUAUAUUUAUUUAACGAAAAGAAAUAAUAAAUAAAUUAAUAAUUA